AUGCCAUCCUUCAGCUCCUACGGCAUGAUCUCCGAACAAGACCAGCUGGGCUCCAGUCACCGCAGCUCCCGUAAACGACUCGCCAUCAUUGCCCUCUCCUCCAUCGUCCUCAUUGCUGUCAUCACCGUCGCCAUCCUCGCAUCCAACCAUGGCUCCGAUUCCGGUCCUCUAAAUCCCAAUACCGACACCGCCUCAGCCGCCGACUCUUCCCUCCGCACAUCAAUCAAAUCCCUCUGCUCCACCACCCUAUAUCCCGACUCAUGCUAUGCCUCCCUCGCCCCCGUCGUCACCAACUCUUCCAGCCUCGACCCAGCCGUGCUCUUCCGCUUCGCAGUCCAAGCCGCCAAAGACGCUAUUUUCACUUCCGCAAAGCUUUUCGAUGAUCCAAAUCUAAAACAGGGCAUCAAAUCUUUGUCCAAUGCCGCGAUCUCUGACUGCAAACAGCUCCUUUCGCUUGCAGCAGAGCAUAUCGAAGAUUGCACCACCUCAGCAACGAAUUUCACUUCGGAGAGCUUCGUCGACGACCUCAAGACCUGGCUGAGCGCCGCCAUUACCGACCAAGACACUUGCUUGGACGGAUUAGGCAAUGAUCUGGGAGUUAAUAUCGCCGUGGCAAUGAAGAACUCGACGGAAAUUACAAGCAACAGCCUUUCCAUUUUGAACCAAAUUGCGGACUUCGUCGGAUCCGUUAAGCUUCGUCGGCGGCGGCGUUUGAUGAGUUGGAUGUCAGAUGGUGAUCGGAGGCUGCUAAAGAGCUCCAGCGAUUUAAAAUAUAAUGCUAAUGUGGUGGUGGCGAAAGACGGAUCGGCGAAGUAUAAGACAAUUACGGCGGCGCUGGCAGAGGUGCCGACGAAGAGCAGUAAGAAGUUCGUGAUAUACGUGAAGAAGGGGGUAUAUUACGAAAAUGUUAGGGUUGAACAGAACAUGUGGAACGUUGUCAUCGUCGGCGAUGGGAUGGACGCAACCAUGGUCUCCGGUAGGCUGAAUUUCGUCGACGGCACGCCAACCUUCUCGUCUGCUACUUUCGCGGUUUUCGGCAAAGGUUUCAUCGCCAUCGACAUGGCAUUCCAGAACACCGCCGGCGCAAUCAAACAACAAGCCGUCGCCGUACUCGCCAGCGCCGAUCUCGUCGCCUUCCACCGCUGCAAAUUCGACGCCUAUCAAGACACUCUCUACGUCCACUCCCUCCGCCAAUUCUACCGCGAAUGCACCAUCUUGGGCACCGUCGACUUCAUCUUCGGCAACGCGGCCUCUGUUUUCCAAUCCUGCAACAUUCUCCCCAGAACCCCCCUGCCGGGCCAGCAAGACACCAUCACCGCUCAAGGCAAGGUCGAUCCCAACCAAAACACCGCAAUUUCUAUUCACAACUGCACUAUUUGGCCUUCGGGGAAUUUGAGCAGUGUUUCUGUGUAUCUCGGAAGGCCGUGGAAACCCUAUUCGACCACCGUGUUUAUGAAGUCGACGAUCUCCGGAGUUAUUAAUCCGGCGGGGUGGUUGCCGUGGCUGGGAACGGGGACAUCGGUGCCGGAUACGAUUUUUUACUCGGAGUACCAGAAUUACGGGCCGGGAUCGAGCUUGAAGAAUAGGGUUAAGUGGAAGGGGUUGCAGGUUAUGAACGCGAAGCAGGCUGGUAAGUUUACGGUUCAUGGACUUAUUAAAGGGGAUUCAUGGAUUCCUAAAACAGGGAUUCCUUACUCUUCUGGUCUCUGAACUUUCAAAAAUUGUUAAGUGAUUGAACGAAGGAUAAAUUAAUUGGAUUGUGAUGACUAAUCUGAAAACAUUUGAUUAUUU